AUGAGCACACCCUUGUCUCCUUACACCAUGGUCUUCCUAGAUCCCCCUCUCGAAAUUGCAUGCAAUGGACGUAUCCUUGAUGCAAGACGCAUCCUGGCCAGUUUGAAUACAAUUCUUUCAGCACUUGCUCAAAAGAUCGACGACCUUUCAGCCAAAGUUGACUGCCUCAACGAUUUACCGGAAAAUGUUAAACUUAUCCAGGAUGAUGUCAAGGCUAUCCAUGACAAAUUUGAACAACUUGAGCCUCGUAUUGAGCGUCUUGAACACACAGUCUCCGAUAUUGAGAGUAGAGUCGAUGCAAGACUGGCUGACGGUAGUGGUUUUGAGGAAACCCUGAUGGAGAUCAAUGAUCGUAAUAAACGUCUGUGUAAUGUAAUUCUUUACGGUAUUGCUGAAAGCUCCCAAUCAAACACUGAAUCUAAAAGAAAACACGACAAACAGCAAAUUAAACAGCUUUUGUCUGAAGUUUACCAGGAAGCUAACCUCGAAUCUAUUAAAUUCUUUAGAAUUGGAGUAAAUAAGAAAAAUAAUUCCAGGCCGAUAAAAGUCAUUUUCCCUGAUGCUGACCAAGCUCGAAUUUUCGCCAAACGUUUCUCGGACAAAUAUGCAAAUGGUGAUGGUGGAAUCAGCAUGUCUAGAGAUCGCACAGUUAAAGAGCGAAAUCAUCUUCAGAAACUCAGAGCAGACCUUGAAGCGAGGAGGAAUGCUGGCGAGAAUGACCUGACUAUAAGGGUGUAUAGAUGUCAUAGGACCUCUCUAUCGAGCCAGAAAACCAGUGGUGGUGGGGUGAUUGUGGCAAUACGGGACCGGUUUGAUUCCUGGGAACUCUCUCAGUCUUCUCUUUACAUUGAAUGUGUCUUUGCAGCCAUGAAGCUAAAGAAUUCUAUUCUUGUCCUUGGUGGUGUAUAUCUGCCUCCUAAUCAGAACUCUACCCAAUACAUGGAAUUUGCAUCUAUUCUGGAGGAACUGUCAAUUACCGUUCAAGACAUACACCCAUUAUUGAUUAUUGGAGAUUUUAACUUGCCGAACGUGGACUGGUCCAGUCUCUUUACCCACCUCAACACAUCAGCCCAACAUAUUUAUGAUGUUAUAAAUUUCCUUGAUCUUAAGCAGUACAAUAAUAUCUACAAUGAUCGAGGUGUCCUUCUGGAUUUGGUCUUUUCUUCUGUGAACUUGCAAGUCCUGAAUGCCUCAGACCCUCUUCUUCCUGUGGAAUGUCACCAUCCUGCGCUGGAAAUGGACCUGGAUAUUAAUACUUCAGAAAACCUCUACUAUAGUGCAUUUGUUCCCAAUCUAAGGAAAUGUGAUCUAGCCCAUGUGUUUGACUGGGUUCAGCGUCUGAACUAUCCUGUGUUCGAUAACAGUGUUCCUGUCGAAGACUUAUUUUCAGAAUUUUGUUUCCAACUUAGCUGCAAUAUUAGGAGCGCAUGUCCAUCUAAAUACGUUGGUAAACGAGCCUUUCUUGUUUGGUUCUCCCCUGAACUAAAAGCUGUGAUCAUCAGGAAGAAGAUACUUCAUAGGCGCUACAAACAAACUCUUGAUAACCGUCUUUAUUAUCAAUUUUGUGGUGUUCGUGCAACAUGUAGUAGACUAACGAGGGAAUUCUACUCAACAUAUAUUCAGUCCAUUGACUCAUCUCUGAAAAGUAACGUUCGAGUCUUCUGGAGUUUUGUCAAUUCUUCCAAGAGGACUCCAUCACUUCCUUCUCGAUUGCAGCUCGAUCAUGAAUUUGCUGAAAAUCCUCAAGACAUCUCUAACAUGUUCGCCAAGUUUUUUUCCUCUGUGUACAAGGCUCCAUCUUCAUCUCCACCUAUAUAUGACCUCAAGGCAUGUACCACUCUCUCUUCCUGCUGUGUAACCUGUGCUGAGGUGGAGGGUGUACUGAAUUCGCUUGAUGUGAACAAGGGAGCUGGCCCUGACGACAUCUCUCCAUUGAUUAUGAAAUUCUGCAGUAGCGUCUUAUCUCCUCACCUUACCAUAUACUUCAACAUGCUCAUGGCUGCCGGAAUCUUUCCCUCUAAUCUCAAAUUGGGUUAUAUAGCACCUAUCUUCAAGUCUGGUUCUCCCGCUGACGUCAAGAAUUAUCGCCCGGUAGUUGUUCAGUCAUCAAUUGCCAAGAUCUUUGAAUCCCUGGUUCUGAAGAGGUUGUCAUUCCAUCUGAAGGGUGUUAUCUGUGCUGAACAACAUGGCUUUAUGAAAGGACGCUCGACUACUACUAAUCUACUAGCCUUCCAAGAUCACAUUCUCACUGCCUUCUCAGAAUCUCAUCAGGUGGACUCCAUAUACACAGACUUCUCUAAAGCUUUCGAUCGUGUAAGCCAUGAACACCUGGUGGCCAAGCUUGAAGCUAUUGGACUCAGUGGAAGCCUCUUGAUGUGGUUGAAGAGCUAUCUUCGGGAUUGUUCUCUUCGGGUUCGGGUUGCUGGCUGUUUGUCGAAGCCUUUCUCUGCUAUAUCAGGUGUGCCUCAGGGAUCGCUGUUGGGCCCUGUUCUCUUCUCAAUAUUUAUCAAUGACUUAGUCCAGUACACCCAAGGAUCAAAAGUUUUACUCUUCGCCGAUGAUGCUAAAUUCUUCAGAACAAUAAAAACCCUCAACGAUUGCCAGGCUUUACAGAACAGUAUUGAUCUGUUGAUGAAGUGGUGUUAUGAUAAUGACAUGUCAUUAAAUAUUUCCAAAUGCUCUAUGAUAUCUUUCUCCAGGUCUUUUUCCUAA